CGCCAAGUCCCGUGGCCUGGAGCAGCCAUGCUGGGCGCGCGGGCUUGGCUGUGCUGCUCCCUCCUGCUGCCCCGCGCCGGGCGAGGCCUCUCCGUGAGCCGCAGGUCCAAGAGGUUGGGGGAGACUAACGUGGCAGGGAGCCCCCAAUGAGCCACUUUUCUUCACCACCCCCAAAACACAAGGGGGAGCACAAAGCCCACGGUCUCCCCCGUGGUUCAGAAAGGGGUAGCUCCUCCCGGGACAAGGACCGGAGUGUGACGGUCAGUAGUUCAGUGUCCAUGCCUGCUGGAGGGAAGGGAAGCCGCAGCAACUGCUCCCAGUCCACACCCCAGAAGGUCCCCAAUCGCUUGAUCAAUGAGAAGUCACCAUACCUCCAACAGCAUGCCUACAACCCUGUGGACUGGUACCCCUGGGGACAGGAAGCCUUCGACAAGGCCAGGAAAGAAAACAAGCCAAUUUUCCUUUCAGUGGGGUACUCUACCUGCCACUGGUGCCACAUGAUGGAGGAGGAGUCCUUCCAGAAUGAGGAGAUUGGCCGCCUGCUCAAUGAGGACUUCAUUAGUGUGAAGGUGGACCGGGAGGAAAGGCCAGAUGUGGACAAGGUGUAUAUGACCUUUGUGCAGGCCACCAGCAGUGGUGGGGGCUGGCCUAUGAGUGUGUGGCUGACUCCCAACCUGCAGCCCUUUGUGGGGGGCACCUAUUUCCCCCCUGAGGAUGGCUUGACCCGAGUUGGCUUCCGCACAGUGUUGCUGAGAAUACGGGAGCAGUGGAAACAGAAUAAGAACACCUUGCUAGAAAACAGCCAGCAUGUCACCACAGCCCUGCUGGCCCGAUCGGAGAUCAGCAUGGGUGACCGCCAGCUGCCACCCUCCGCUGCCACCAUGAACAGCCGCUGCUUCCAACAGCUGGAUGAGGGCUAUGAUGAGGAGUAUGGUGGCUUCGCCGAGGCCCCCAAGUUCCCCACACCAGUGAUCCUGAACUUCCUGUUCUCCUACUGGCUCAGCCAUCGACUCACCCAAGAUGGCUCUCGGGCCCAGCAGAUGGCCUUGCACACCCUGAAAAUGAUGGCCAAUGGGGGCAUCCGAGACCACGUGGGGCAGGGCUUCCACCGCUACUCCACGGACCGCCAGUGGCACGUCCCCCACUUUGAGAAGAUGCUGUAUGACCAGGGGCAGCUCGUGGUGGCUUAUUCACAGGCUUACCAGAUCACUGGUGAUGAGUUCUAUUCGGACGUUGCCAAAGGCAUCCUGCAAUAUGUAGCUCGGCACCUGAGUCACCGGUCUGGAGGCUUCUACAGCGCAGAGGACGCGGACUCGCCCCCGGAACGGGGCAUGCGGCCCAAAGAGGGCGCCUUCUACGUGUGGACAGUCAAAGAGGUCCAGCAGCUGCUCUCAGAGCCUGUGCUGGGCGCCAGCGAGCCGCUGACCUCAGGCCAGCUCCUCAUGAAGCACUAUGGGCUCACGGAGGCCGGCAACAUCAGCCCCAGUCAGGACCCCAAGGGGGAGCUGCAGGGUCAGAAUGUGCUGACUGUCCGGUAUUCGCUGGAGCUGACCGCUGCCCGCUUUGGCCUGGAAGUGGAGGUUGUACGUACCUUGCUCAAUACAGGGCUGGAGAAGCUCUUCCAGGCCCGGAAACAUCGGCCGAAGCCGCACCUGGACAACAAGAUGCUGGCUGCCUGGAACGGACUGAUGGUAUCUGGCUACGCCAUAACUGGGGCUGUCCUAGGUACGGAGAGGCUGAUCAACUACGCCACCAAUGGUGCCAAGUUCCUGAAGCGGCACAUGUUUGACGUGGCCACUGGCCGCCUGAUGCGGACCUGCUACGCAGGCUCUGGGGGCACCGUGGAGCACAGCAACCCACCCUGCUGGGGCUUCCUGGAGGACUACGCCUUCGUAGUGAGGGCCCUGCUGGACCUGUAUGAGGCCUCGCUGGAGAGUGCGUGGCUCGAGUGGGCUCUGCGGCUUCAGGACACACAGGACAGGCUCUUCUGGGACUCUCGGGGCGGCGGCUACUUCUGCAGUGAGGCUGAGCUGGGGGCUGGCCUGCCCCUGCGUCUGAAGGACGACCAGGAUGGCGCAGAGCCUAGUGCCAACUCCGUGUCGGCCCACAACCUGCUUCGGCUGCACGGCUUCACGGGUCACAAGGACUGGAUAGACAAGUGUGUGUGCCUGCUGACCGCCUUCUCUGAGCGCAUGCGCCGUGUGCCCGUGGCGUUGCCUGAGAUGGUCCGAGCCCUCUCAGCCCACCAGCAGACCCUCAAGCAGAUCGUCAUCUGUGGAGACCCCCAGGCUAAGGACACCAAGGCUCUGGUGCAGUGUGUUCACUCCAUGUACAUCCCUAACAAGGUGCUGAUUUUGGCCGAUGGGGAUCCCUCAAGCUUCCUGUCCCGCCAGCUGCCCUUUCUGAAUACCUUGCGACGGCUAGAAGACCGCGCCACCGCCUACGUGUGUGCGAAUCAAGCCUGCUCCAUGCCUGUCACCGAGCCUAGUGAACUGCGAAAACUAUUGCAUCAGUGAUCACCUCACCCUCCUCCAUCUGGGGCUGGGGCAGGAGGCAGAGCUCCCCAACUGACUAGGGACUGGGCCCUGCAGAACCCUGCAGGGCCUGCAGCCAUCCCUGGGUACCCUGUCACCAGGUGACCUUGGCCAUCCUCGCUGCGCCCCUGCCAUGGGCACUCACUCAUCCUGGAAUAAACCUAACAGCGUCCCGUGGUAA